AUGAUUUUUUCAGAGGGGUGGGCCCGUUUGGAUGCAUUGGUUGAAGAAGCAUGCAACCCAAGCAGAAAAGAAAAAUUAUCCAGUGAAGACGUGGUUCGUGUAAAAAAAUACGUCAAAGAAAUUGCUCCUUCGUACGUGUACACUCGCGAAAUAUCAGUUAAAGAACCUUUCACUGAGAACGUUCGUAAAGCGAUGACAGAAAAUGUUAAAAAGUCAGCAUGUACAAGCUUGUUGGGUAAGGAUGAUAAUAAACUUGAUAGAAAGAAUGGAGAAUUUGUCAGAGGAGAUCAACAAAUCUUCAACUUUGCAAGAUAUGAAGUAUUAAAAAAUGCUUCGACUAAAAGGCCGGCGAUACUGAAUGAAACUUUAGCAUCUUAUAUGAGAUCCAUUGGCCACAUUAAAUGUGGUAGUGUUAGUGGAACAUGCUUCCUUGUCACAGACGUGCUGGUGAUAACCAACUAUCAUGUUUACAGGAUGAUAGAAAAAGAAAGAAACAAACCAGGAAAUUCCAGCAUACCCAUCACCGUUUUGUUUGAUUAUUUCUACGCCAAACAAAUGGAAAAUGUUGUGGAAAUUGAAGUUGAUGAAGAACAGGAUCCAAAGCUUGGGAAUCCAUACGUGGAUUACAAAUUCUUUCGUUUGAAGCAAAACGAAGGUAUUAGAGAUCGUAUUCCACUUGGUCCCAUGGUUAGAAACUGGCAACUAUCAGAUGGUCGAGUUGUUAUUCUUGGUCAUCCGGAAGGAAAGGAAAUGCAGGACGAAGUCUGUGUUGUUGUCGGCUAUCGUGCGAUGCAGGAGAGAAUAAGGGAAAGACAUGAACAGUGUAACGGCGUACACAUGACCAAUGCGCAAUUAUUACACAACACUGAAGACUUCCAAGGUUUUCUGUCAUACGACACAACGUUUUUCGCGGGGGGUAGUGGUUCUCCUGUUUUUGAAAUAAACGGAAACAUCGUCGCCAUGCAUACACAGGGAUACCUUCUGGAAAGAGAAGUAGCAAACAUUCCCAGUCAGCAAGAAAAUGUUACAAAUCAGCAGCCAGAAAGCCUUACAUAUCACGAGCAAGAAAAUAUUUCGAAUCAGAAGCAACAAAAUGUUCCAAAUCAGGAGCAAGAAACUGUUCCGAAUCAGUUGGAAAACGUUCCGAAUCAAGAGCAACAAAGUGUUUCCAGACAAGGAAAGUCAAGAACAUAUUCGUUGAUGGAGUUCGGCGUCCAGUUUGUUUCAAUCUGUAGAGACAUGGCAAAUUUUUAUGGCAGAGAUGUUGUUCAAAAAAUUUUUCCAAAUUAUAAGUUGAAGCCAGGUGAAGAGGCAAUGGACGCAACCUAG